GCGCGGAAGUAACCGCAGAAACGAUGCAACCAAUGAUGCAACCAACCAACCUACAUCCAUGGAUGCAACGCUCAGUGGAAGGUCAGGCUUUUAUCUCCGUUGAAUUUCAACACUAGACUCAUUAAACCAAACAACUGCUACAAAAAGGCAGAGCUAGGCGUUGUCACAAACAGUGGUAUUGAACUUAAUGACAGCUCUACGCGCGUGACUCCUCGGACAGCAGGUAACCGUUAAAUCGGACAGCGCGUGUGCCCUGAUGUCUGGGUCAAAAUGUGCACGGCUGAGCGCAGCGCUGGCUAAACAAGUGCUGGACUCGGUGGACUGCGUUCUCUUUGACUGCGACGGGGUCAUCUGGCGGGGGGACCAGGCCAUCCCUGGCGCCCCUCAAGUAAUAAACAUGCUCAAGGAAAACGGCAAGAAAGUUUUCUUCGUCACCAACAACAGCACCAAGACAAGAAAGAUGUACGUCGACAAAUUGUCUAUGUUGGGAUUCAACGCGAAAGAAAACGAGGUGUUCGGGACGGCGUACUGCUCCGCCAUGUACCUGAAGACUGUGUGCAAGCUCGAGGGCAAAGUGUACCUGAUAGGAAGCAACGCAAUGAGAGAGGAGCUUGAGGCGGUGGGGCUCCAGCAGACCGGGGUGGGACCCGACCACGUCUUCGGGAAACAGACCGACUGGGCCAACGUGCCUCUGGACCCCGAGGUGAAAGCUGUGGUUGUCGGUUUCGACGAACAUUUCAGUUACAUGAAGCUAAACAGAGCCAUGCAGUACCUGGCCCAGCCGGACUGUCUGUUUGUGGGAACCAACAGGGACACCAGGUUGCCCCUGGAGGGAGGCAAGGCUGUCCCAGGUACCGGCUGCUUGCUGCAGGCUGUGGAGACUGCAGCCCAGCGCCAGGCCCAGACGGUGGGCAAACCCAACCACUUCAUGUUCGACUGCGUGGCCUCCCAGUUUGCCGUGGACCCCGACCGCUGCCUGAUGGUGGGCGACCGCUUGGACACGGACAUCAUGCUGGGCUCCAACUGCGGCCUGAAGACCCUUCUCACCCUCACAGGGGUCAGCACAGUGGCGGACGCCGAGGCCCAUCAGAAGAGCGGCUGCAUGGAGAGGCAGGGGAUGGUGCCGGAUUAUUACGUGGAGAGCAUCGCGGAGCUUCUUCCAGCUCUGCAGGGAUGAAACUGCUGUAAGGCUGCCGGGACCGGAGUGUAGCUGCGUGAUCAGCUUUAAAGCUGAGGGAUUUGGCUAGCCUGUCACAUGCCAGACUCAACUGUCUUCUUAAAGAGAAUAUGUUUCAUGAAGAUUUAUACAAUACAAUUAUUUCUAUAACAAAGUCACAACAUAUAUAACAAAGCUGGCUGUUGCGCGACAGAGGAGGAAAAAAACUAAUUUAUUUAACUAAACUAUUAUAAAAACAUGCUAAUUUAACAUAUGAUUGAUUUAUUAUAAAUAACACAAGAACAAUGAUUUACAGUAUUGUUUCAAUCAUUCCUUUUUGAGGAAAUGAGUAAAAAAA